AGUCAGUCAUUCCAACUAGGACCCACACUGGGGUGGUUGGUGCUGGUGUGGCUAUGUUUAGAGACAUCUUUUAGAUCCUAUUCAUCAUCCGAAGUGUUUCCAGAAUUCAACCGCUCUAUCUAUUGGCUGGUGCACAAUCGGCGAAAAUACGGUUUCCGGCAUUUAUGUAUGCUUAUACUUGUACUUGUUUACACACUCCUCGGAGCAGCAAUGUUCUUCACUAUAGAGGCAAAACAUGAACAUCACUUAGUGACUGAACGUAAGGCUGCUCUCGACAAAUCAGUUCUCAUCAUUGCUGGACAACUGAUAUAUUGCUCUCCGGAAGCUCUUACCAUAAUGAAAUUUCAGUCUACUUACAUAUCCUUAUUGAAAGACGAGUCUUUGUAUGAAGGCAGUACGUACUGGAAAGCGUCGGAUGCAGAAAAUUUCAAAUGGACAUAUGCUAGUGCAUUUUUCUUUUCGAUGAAUUUAUAUACGACGACUGGUUACGGUUCAAUAGCUGCCGAAUCGAUGCUCGGUCGGAUAUGUGUUAUGUGGUAUUCUAUGCUGACGAUUCCAAUCACUUUGGUGGUGAUUCGUGAUCUUGGUCAAGCAACACUUGUUUGCAUAACUAAAGUCUAUACACUGAAAGUUGUUUUCAGAAGAACAAUGGGAUACUUGGAACCGCACGAGGACAGCAUGAUAUCUCUGCCAAUAAAGUUUUGCCUUAUGUUAUUAGCAGGUUACCUCUUAUUUGCUGCGGCAUUUAUCUAUUUAUUCGAUGAUUGGAUGGGUUACAUACCACACAGUGGUCUAUCGUUCUUCACUUCUCUUUAUUUCUCCUAUAUAUCUAUUUCGACAAUCGGCUUGGGUGAUAUUAUGCCCAACAAUGCAACGUUCCACCCAAUCAUCUCCAUCUUAUUCUUCUUCGGAAUGCCAGUGAUGAAGGUGGUCAACCGUGCCACGUAUAUCUGCAUAGAAAACGGGGUAUUUGGUAAGCUUUUUUCAGUCUUGAGCACACUGCUUUUAUUGAUAUGCAGCAUUCGCGAGGAUAAGGCUACAGAACUGCUUAAUGGCUUGACCAUUCGCUCGUUGGCCGCAUUCGCAAGGACGAAUGCCGAUGUGUAUGGAGGAGGAUUUGGACGAGUUAACUUACGGAAGGGUGAUCUCGUCCAGUCAAAAACGAGUGUUGGCCAGAAUCCGGAACCAUCGCCAUGA